AUGAGACUUCACCGCUCAGCGCGGCUACUAGCCCUGCUCUGCACCCUCGCGGCGGCGUCCGGCGACAGCCUGGAGUUGGAGGAGCGUCUCCUAGAGCCGCCGCGGCUGGGCGCGCGGCUCGAGUUCGACGCGGCCUCGGGCGCCACGCUGGCGCACUACGUGUCGCGCCAGCGGCGCAGCUACCGUCUGCGGCCGCCAGAGAUGUUUGCGUGGACCCUGGUGACACCCGACCCGCCGCUGGACGCUGCCGACGCCGCGGCCGUCGGUAAGCUCACCCACUUCUUCGGCGCGCUGCUGGAUGGUGGCGACGAGCUGCGGGAACGGCUGACGCGAGCGCCCACCAACGCGUCGCGCGAGGCCAGCCUGAUCGAGCAGUUUCUGGACACGCACGACGAAGCCAGCACGCCGCGACGCGAGAAGCGCGGCCUGGACCUGGCCGGCGUCCGCGCCUGGCUCAUCUCCGGCGCGGAGGGAGAGGGCGAGGACGUGGCGGCGGCCGUCGGUCGGCUCGUGCGACAGUUUACCACGGAUGAGAGCGAGGGCGGCGGCAGGGUGGCCGGCACCCUGGGCAACGUCGGCGUCAACUGGACAGCGAUCGGCGAGUGGCUGGCGGAGGCCGCGUCCGAAUUCGACGACUUCGACGGCGACGGCGGCGAUGAGGACUCGUGGGCCUGGGGGCGUCUGUGGCGGCAGAUUGUGGACGACAAUCAAGAGGGCAUGCCCGGCACCAGGUUUCAAGCUCCAUUCGAUUGGCUUUCAGUGUAUCAGACGUUUGUUCAGCUGUUUUUUGCGCAUCCCAAUGGCACACGUGAUUCCCAGUAUCUGGGUCUAUUUUCACCAAGCGCGGCAAGGCCACACGCUUGGAACGACAGCAUCACACCUAUGAGAACAGCACGCGAGGGGACUGGGUCGCCUUCACUCAACACGCCCAUGAACGCUCCAGCUGCGAGGCACCACACUAGCAUGGUGGCGGCGCCGGCGCGCGACGACUACGUGUACGACUACGAACAGUGGGAGUAUGAGUACUUCCAUGCGCCGCCCACCACCACCGAGCGUACGACCCCGCGGCAGUACCCGCCCAACCGCACCGAGGCCGGCCAGCGCGUGGCCAAGAUCUUCUGGAGCCACUGGACCCAGCUGAAGCCACACUGCAUCAGCAACGUUAGCGCAAGCGACAGCUACGCGCGCCAGGUGCGCCGCGCCGGCUGCGCCACCGUCAAGCUGCUGUUCGGCGAGGGCGACUGGGCGUCCGUGAAGCUGUCGCUGAAGGCCGUGUUCGGCCCCAUCUUCACCGUGGCGGUCAUCAUGACGAUUGCCUGGCUGCUGUGCGGCGCCUGUAACGUGUGCCAGUUCUGCCCGUGCGCCUGGUGCAACCCGUCCCAGCUGCGCGAGGCCAUCUGCGACCUGAUCAACCGCGCCAUGCCCGGCCUGCGGCUGUACAAGGACGGCACCAUGGAGAUGUACGUGCCCAGCCAGGACGAGACGGACGCCUUCCAGGACCUGGUCGACGCCAUCAUGGACUUCAAGUGAACGGCGCGCCAGGGGACGUCGG